CAACAUUGAAAAUUGAAAUUGAGGCGCUUCCAUAUUGGAAAUAUGUUGUUAGUUAGCAUCGGUUGUGGAGAGUAAUUUAUCAAGGCGCUUGAUACAGUGAUGGACUCGAACAAUCUUCUAUCCUUAGAAUAUACGUUCAGUAGUUCCCUGGUUAGUCUGAGGCGGUCAGUUUCGAGAGAGAUUUCCGCUUCUGUUUCUAAAAUACGACGGCAGUUCCGAUGUGUUCAAAGCGAAUUUAAUAAUGAGAUUUCUCGCUUACGCGAACAAAACAAAGCUCUCGUUCGGACUUUGCAGCAGAUGGAGGAAAUGAUAAAAGGAAAAGAAAUUGAAAUAUAUGGAUUACGCCAUCAAUUGCAAAGCUUCUCGGCUGGGCGAGGUGUGUGUUCUAAUUGCUCUGGAGAUUCUAUCAAAGCUAGAAACACUUUAGUAAGAGACACUGUCUUUAAUCCAACCAACAAACGCCCGCUUACGACAAUUUCAUCGUCGAUAUCAGAUGGUUUGUCGGAAUCCAGUUUAAAUAGUCAUAUUCAGCAGCCUAUAAAGAAACGUCCAUGUGUACCGGCGAACGAUGUUGAAAGUGCUGAUGUAGAAAACAUUAACAAUAUAACACCAAAAGGUGUUCGCAAAUCCCCUUCUGGAGCACCUGAUGAGAGUCAAUGUGAAGGCGAAGUAUCCAAAAGCGAAUCUACGACACUAACUAACAGCGUUUUCCCUGUCGGUUCCCUUAGCCCACCAUCACAAAUUUAUGAUGCUUCCCUAGCAGUAAAAAAUGCAAUUAACCACAACGAUUUGGCUGAUUAUGAUGCUACUUACAGGGAUUCUUCUAUGUUGGAUAUGUCACAUGCAAAUAAUAAAGGGGAUAUGUUAGAGUCUCCAAGUACUAACCGAACGGGACCUAUUGGUGCAGAAUUUAUUCCAUGUAUUAAAAACCUUAACAAGUUAAGAUCAGCAAAUGGCCCUGACCAGGUUCAGGUUCUCUAUCAUCGACCGAAACGUAUACAUCGACCAUCUUGUCGUUAUUUUCAUCGUACAUUCUCCACUAAAGAAAACAAGCAAGAAAAACAGAAAUCUGAUGAUACUGGUGAUGACAUAAGUUUGCCUUCUGGCUUUCUCGAAUCGGAAACAUCAGUUCAUUUUCCACCAAAAUCCAUUAUUAGCGAUGCAUCAACAAAGCACAACCGUAAUAAAGCAAAAUCUCACUUCCCAUCUAUUGGUGGUUCACCCACCCGUGAUGAGUCGAACUUCAAGUUUCCACUUCCUCCACAACGUACAACCUUGGUUGCAAAAAAACCUCUUUCUGUUGCAAAUAGCGUUGGUGUAAUGGGUCUUAAUCAGACUGAUACGAACGAUGCAUCUGAAAAGUCUGAUAUGGAUCAAGAAAAUGGUGAUGAGCAUAUCGUUUACCCAUGUGACCAUUGUGAUCAAGUCUUUAAAUAUAAAGUUGCUCUUUGGCGUCACAAAAGAUGUACUCAUCGUACUGAGUCUUCCAAAAAAUCUCAUAGAAAAUCAGUCAAUCAAACAUCACCAUCAACACCAGAUGGUUUUUGGAAUAUUGACCUAGAACAACAUGACAAGGAAAAGGAGAAUAUUCCGGUUACAAAUACGACUGAUACUGAAGUGAAUGUCCGACACUCUUCCCGCCGCCGUCGACCUUUAAGUUUUCCCUCAGUUGAAAUAUCUGCCACACCAAUCUAAUAAGAUUUAUAUGUAAUUGUUUCCCACUUAUUUUUAUCGACUUUUUAUCAUUUGAUUAACAAACCCGAUAAUCGUAUAUUCGUAACUUGUUUUUUACACAUUUCUACAAAAUAAAUUAUCUACAUUUUUAUUUUUGUUACUUGUUAUUCUGGUGAUUUUCAUUAAUUAUCAACUCAUUGUUCAAUCUUUUGUAUUUAAGUUUAUGCUUUUAUUCACGUAUUAGCGUCUUAUUCAAUCCUGAGCUAUCCUGUUCAAUAAUGAAAUACCUCCAUUUUUAAAAAUCUUAAACAUCUCCCGAUAAAAUAUUGUUUGAGGAACUCUAAGUGAACCCACCAAACAACUGGAUCUGAACGUUCAUAACUGUCCUAUUGGUAUUAUUAUCCUCAAUGAUCCAAAUUGUUUUAACUA